AUGGCUACGCCCUUUCGAUCCUUGCCAGUCACGGCACGGAAUAUAUCAGCAUCAUACCGAUCGGCUCUGCGACCAAAUGGCGUCAUUGCUCCUUUCCUCUAUCCGCUCAGCCAGCAACAAGUGCGCGGUGUGAAGAACAAUCCCCAAGCCAAAGGGAAGAAGGAUCAGAAUAAGUCGAAGAAGAAGAGCAACAAAGGUGCCCGUGACUAUCAACAGAAAGAUUUGAAAUUGAUUGAUCAGUAUGCACUGUGUGAUGCGAUGAGAUACAUCCGUGCUUUCGAGGUCGGGCGUGAUCGUGAAUCGGCAAAAUACGAAGUUCAUAUUCGACUCAAAUCCAGAAAGGACGGUCCAGUCAUUCGCAACAUGGUCCGAUUUCCUCAUGCUGUUCAAACCGAAUCCAGAAUCUGCGUUAUUGCGCCGCCCGGGUCAAAACACGCAAAGGAUGCCCUGGCAGCCGGCGCUUCCCUUGUGGGAGAGCAAGAAGUCUUUGAAAAUAUCAAAAAGGGAAUCAUCGAGUUCGAUCGGUGUAUAUGCCACACGGACAGUCUCGAUGCAAUGAACAAGGCUGGGUUAGGUCGAUUCCUUGGUCCUCGAGGUCUAAUGCCAAGUGUCAAAACCGGUACCGUCGUCGAUGAUGUUGGAAUCAGAGUACAGAUGCUACGGGGCGGUACCGUGUAUCGUGAAAGAGAUGCUGUGAUUCGAAUGCCAAUUGGACAAUUGGCCUUUUCGCCCGAUCAACUGCGCGAUAACUUGCGAGCUACCCUCGAGCAGGUCAAGAAAGAUGCCCUCCAGCUGAGUGACCGUGUUCCUAAGGAGAUAUAUGAAGUGGUGCUGAGCUCGACCAACGGCCCCGGCUUCAGUCUCAACGGAGACUUCAAAUCCGACGAUUCCCCCGAUGCAGCGUACUUGACGGGCUUGUAA